AUGACCACCUCUGCUGACAUACAACAGGCGAUAAUGGCGAAUCGGUUAAAAGCCAUCGUCAUGGGCUAUAUGGGAGGCCCAGUAUGCGUCGUUGGAAUCGUUACAAGUGCCCUUAGUCUCAUUCUUUUUAAGCGUGAUACCUCAACAACACUUAGCACUCGUCUCCUCCUCUCAGCCAUCGCAGUGGUGGAUAUAUUCUUCCUCUUUUUUAUGUUCCUUCUAUGGUGUGUCAGACGAUUUCUUCCUCAAGAAUCAUUGGCAUUCCGACAGUUUGACAGUCCUCAAGUCUUUGGAUUCAUUUUCUACAUGAUAAACGUCUUUGAGCUCUAUCGCAAUUGGUUGGUUGUAGUAAUCGCCGUAGAGCGACUCCUCUACUUUCUCAAACCCAUCGAAUUCAAGGUAUUGUGGAGUGUUAAAAAAGUUGCAGCCAUUCUCAUCUCACUUUGCCUCUUCUCUUGCAUCAUCCGCAUUCCCGUACUCAUCUAUGGGAUCGCUAAAAAGUCCUCUAAAAUCGAUGACUCUAUCACUAAACUAACCCGAUUGAUCCAUUCUCUUAUAGACUGUGUUGUGCUAACUCUAGCACCAGUCACACUCAUGGUCACUUUAUCUGUAGCCACUACAUUGCGAAUUAACGCAGUGGUAAAGACCAAACUGCGUCUGGUGAAUAGCAAUUUCAAUCAACAGCAUCAGAUAUCACAAUCGCCUCAACAACUGCUUCAACCACACGACCACCUGAAUUCCACCCCAAGACAAGAAGAUGCUCCUUCACGGAGACACCAUCGUAUCGUAAAGAUUCUACACACCGUCCUAAUUACCUUCAUAAUCUGUUCCACACCUUCCAUUCCUGCUUCAGUUAUGCACUUCUACACUGUCUUUCAUGAGGUAGAGGGUGGACGAAUAAACUACGUCUCGGAGGUGCUGACCGUGAUUGCCAAUUUUGGUUCUCUGGUCAAUUCAACUUCCAAUUUCUUCGUCUAUGUGGCGCACAGCAAACGCUACCGCUACAUACUAGCCAAAAUCCUCAUGCUUGAUCGGUGCUUCGCCUCGCUACACCGGGAGCCGAGUAGUACGCAGGAGACUUGUUGCAACCUUCAAGAGGAUGGAAAAACCCAGUGA